GAUCUACGUAGGGUAUCCGGAUACGUAACCAGGUGAUUCGUCGGGGAGGCAGUGCGCAAUUCGCCGCCAACGUUGUCCAUGGUCGUGCGCCGUUUACACGGGAUGCAAGGGAUGAAUGUGUGGUAUGCGAUCACGAUGGCCGUGUGUGGGUGCUUGGGCCUGCUGAUGCUUGGGUUCAUCUCGUACUGGUGCUUCAAGCUUCGCCAGGACAAACGGCGGCGGAGCGCAAUCAUUAUGUCCGCUCGAGGUGGCAUGCACGAAUCGAGCCACCUCUUGCAGCGCGCAAGUCUCGACUGGCCGUCAUCGUUGACGUCGGCAACGUUGCCCAUGUCGUCGUCGUCCACGUCGCUGUACCUGUCGCCGAUCCCGGAAGAGCUCCGGAGUAUGUGCAGCGAAGACGACGAAUUCGACGAAGCGAAUCGGGACAAGGAAUUUGUCAGAGACUUUUGCGAGCGCUCCGACGAAUACUUGUGGCUCGACAAACCAGCCCUGUACAUGGGCAAGGACCGAUCGAAGCGCAUGUACCUCCUCGGGCGCGCAUCGCUGUCCCAUCUCACAAGCGCCAGAUUCGGCCUCAUGGGCGAUCGCGGUCGGUUCACGCAGCUACUGUGCUCGAUAUUUCCCACGACGGCGCUCCAGGACAAGGACGUGCCCGUGCUCCGCGCUUACUUUCACUACGUGCAUGACACAUGCCCACACGUCCUGCCAGUGCUCGACAUCCAACUCAUGGCACCGACCAACAAAAUUCUCGUCGUGACGCCGUACGUGCCGCAGGGAUCGCUGAAAGAUUACAUUUACCACCGAUGCAAGACGGCCAUGGUCCAGAUUCCGUACCACCUGAAGUAUAAGCGCCACGGGUGCGGCACGCCGCUUGGCCACUCGACGCUGGCCCGAUAUGGCCGCGACAUUCUGCUCGGCAUGCAAGAGCUGCAGCACGCGGGUUUGCCGUAUCAUCAACUCCACAGUGGGAACGUCCUCCUCCACGGCGACCAGGCGACGUUGAGUGGCUACGAAGCAGUGUUUUUCCAGCGAAGCCCGCCGACGACGCAAGUGGAGACGCCCGUCAAGCUGUUUGGUCAGCUCUUCUUUGAGAUGGUCUUUGGCGUCGAGUGGUCGCCGAGCCGCCUCAACCCGAACGGCACCGUAUCAUUCGGGUCGUAUCAGCCGCCCACCGACGUGGUCCGCGACGUCUUCAACGCGAUCUUUCAACCAUUUCAGCACACGGCAUCCAUCGAGUCGCUGUUGGCCCUGCCGCUCUUUCAAAAGGACCCCGUUCCAAGGCUCCAUCGAUCGUUUGCAAGGCGGGACCCAUUCCGAGUCGACUCGGGAACGUCUCUGCCCGACACAACUAAACCGAAAUUGCCCCAAGACAUGGAAACGCUGGUCCAGGCGGCCCUCGACUGGUCAAACCCCCAGCAGGACCCCAUGCUGUCCCAUCACCAUGUUGUCGUCCAAGCUGCAUAGCUCCAUAACGGAAUUUUCGUUCGCUGCGUAGGCGGCUCUCGCAGUCGCUGUAUGGAAAACGGGCGUGCUUGGAGC